UUCAUGAGCGGAAGUAGGAAUAAAAUAUAAAUGGCAAAUGCGUCUUUAUCAUCCUACCAACAUAGUAAAGGGUUGAAAACCUAACCUAAAAAUCAAAGUGAUCCGAAACAAUAUUGGCAAAGGAGGAAACGUGUGAAUGGAGACGAUGAAGAAGACAGAGCAAUAUCUAUCUAUUGAGUUAAUCAUUCAAAUCCUUUUAAUGUUACCGGUGAAGUCUCUUAUUCGUUUCAAGUGCGUUUGUAAGUUAUGGUUUUCUCUUAUCUCUCAAUCUGAUUUCGCAAAUUCACAUUUUCAACUUACCGCCAAAACACACGCUCCUAGAAUUCUAUUGAUAACUCCAAAUCUGGAAUCUCUAUCUAUUGAUUUGGAAACAUCACUCUACGAUGAUAGUGCUUCCUAUUCAUUGAAUAUUAAUUUUUUGCUUCCACAGUCUUUUACACAACUUGAUAUUAAAGGUUCGUGUAGAGGGUUUAUACUUUUGAGUUGUGGUUCAUGUCUCUGUCUAUGGAAUCCAUCCACUGGAGUUCACAAAUAUAUACCAAAUUCUCUUAUUGAUUGCAAUUUAGAUGCAUAUCAUUUAUAUGGUUUUGGGUAUGACGAGUCAAGGGAUGAUUACUUCGUGCUUUCCAUGUCAUAUGAUCCCAAUGCUUAUGAUAAGUUAACUCGCUUAGGGCUUUUCUCAUUGAGAGCUGAUGCGUGGAACGAAAUUGAGGGUGAUAAUUAUUUCUCUUAUUGCCUGGCCCGUGAAAAUUCCAAAGUAGAGCCGUUCUUAAAUGGGGCUAUUCACUUCUUAAAUGGGGCUAUUCACUGGUUGGCUCUUUGUUAUGAUAUAUCAACGAAUGUUAUUCUUGGCUAUCAUUUAAUGCAAAGGGAGCUUCUAGAGUUGACUUUGCCAGCUGAUAUAACAUCUGCUCCUAGUAAAGUGUAUGAUUUAUGGGUAUUUAGAGGAUGUCUCAGUCUAUGGGAUAUGGCACAUGAUAAUGGUACAGUUGAAAUAUGGGUGAUGGAAAAAUACAAUGUGACAUCUUCUUGGACUAAGACUCUUGUUUUGUCUUUUGAUGGAAUUCCCAGCCAUUAUUUUUGUCCGAAAUACGAUACAAAAAGUGGUGAUAUCGUUGGAACAAAUGCUGGUAAUGUAUUGGCCAAGUAUAAUGAGAAAGGACAACUGCUAGAGCAUCAGUCCUACUGUGACAAUGAAUAUGGAUCCCUAGUGGUUAUGUAUACAGAAUCUCUGCUUUCAAUUCCUGAUGGUGACAGUGGUCAAGCUAAGAAGAUGAAACGAAUAAGAAGAACGAGGUCUUGAAGUAUUCUCCUUCACCAUUUUCGUGAUCUACAUGUACUCUUGGGUGGCUGCAUUCGUAGGUUAAUAUGGAGUGUUUAUUGGUUAAACAUUUGUAAUAUGCUUAUUGAAAAUGUUGACAGCUUUUUUUUGUGUGAAUCACUGUAUAUAGUUAGUGUAUAUUUGUGGUCACUGGUUGUAAUUGUUUUAUAUUUUCAUUGAUUUGAUGAGUUUAUGCAUG